GUUCUGGCCCCGCGUGUGUAGGAGCCUGCGUGUGUCCAGGACCCCGCAGCAGCAUGGGCGGCGCGCGGGCUGCGGGUUGGGUGGCGGCGGGCCUGGUCCUCGGCGCCGGCGCCUGCUACUGCAUUUACAGGCUGACGCGGGGCCAGCGGCGGGGUGGCCACGGACGCCGGCUGCGCCCAUCGCGGUCUGCAGAAGACUUAACCAAUGCUUCCUAUGAUGAUGUCCUAAAUGCUGAGCAACUUCAGAAACUCCUUUACCUGCUUGAGUCAACUGAGGAUCCUGUAAUCAUUGAAAGAGCCUUGGUCACUGUGGGUAACAAUGCAGCCUUUUCAGCUAAUCAAGCUAUUAUUCGUGAAUUGGGUGGUAUUCCAAUUGUUGGAAACAAAAUCAACAAUCCAGACCACAGUAUUAAAGAGAAAGCUUUAAAUGCACUAAAUAACCUGAGUGUAAAUGUUGAAAAUCAAAUCAAGAUAAAGAUAUAUAUCAACCAAGUCUGUGAGGAUGUCUUCUCUGGUCCCCUGAACUCUGCUGUGCAGCUGGCUGGACUGAGAUUGUUAACAAACAUGACUGUUACCAAUGACCACCAGCACAUGCUGGACAGCUACAUUACCAACCUGUUCCAUGUGUUACUGAUUGGAAAUGGAAACACCAAGGUAGGAAGAGAAGCAGUUAUUAAUUAAAGGUUAAAGAGCUACAGCAUCAAGCUUAUUAAGAUUGAAAUUUAAU